GAGAGAGCGCAUUUGAUGGCCAAACGUUCUUGUGUGGUCUCUUCAGAGCACCUCCAAAGCCUCCGCCGCUGCCUCAGGCCUCUCAAUUCCGCCGCUCCAUCCUCCCUCACCGCCCUCCCGCCGCUCCACCUGCCCCUCGCUGCAGCCGAUGCCGCCGCUCCGCCCGCUGCCACCACCUCAAUUCUAAACUUUGAUGACGUGAAGCAGCUUUUCUCCUCCGUCUCCACCACCAAGCUCCUCCGCUCCGCCUUCAACCAGCACAUCGCGGCCUUCGAGCCCAUGGUGGAUCUGGGCAUGUGGUUGAUGAAUUCCAAGGUCAUGGACACGGUGCUGCUCCGAGAGAUGACGCUUGCGGCUAUUAGGCAUACGUUUUACGAGCACUUUUGCGCCGGCCCGGACCCGAUGGCUGCGGCGCGAACCGCCGUCAACCUAUGGGACUCUGGGCUUAGGGGGAUGCUUGUUUACGCGUUGGAGCACGCCGCCGAUAACCAGUCGUGUGAUCGGAAUUUGGACGGGUUCGUUCGAACGGUGGAAUCCACCAAGUCACUUUCGGCCUCCCCUGUUAGCUUUGUUAUAGUGAAGAUAACUGCAAUUUGCCCGCCGAGAUUGCUGCAGAGAGUAAGCGAUCUAUUGAGAUGGGAAUACAGAAACCAAUCUUUUCGACUCCCAUGGAAGCUGAACACUCUUCCAAUUUUUUCCGAUUCGAGCCCAUUUUACCACACGCCAAGAAGACCAGACCCUUUAACCCCAGAAGAAGAGAACGACCUCUUCUUAGGCCACCAAAGGCUCCUAAAGAUCUGCCAAAAAUGCCUGGAGGCCAACGUCCCUCUCUCCAUUGACGCCGAGCACACGUCCGUUCAGCCCGCCAUUGAUUACUUAACUUAUUCUGCAGCCCUGAUGCACAACAAGGAUGACAACCCAAUUAUCUAUGGCACAAUUCAGGCUUAUCUGAAAGAUGCAAAGGAGAGAUUGUUCCUAACAGCCGAUGCCGCUGAGAAAAUGGGAGUUCCGGUGGGGUUUAAGCUGGUGAGGGGAGCUUAUUUGUCCAGCGAGAGACAACUAGCUUCUUCUCUGGGAGUCGAGUCUCCGAUCCACAACACCAUCUCUCAAACGCAUGCUUGCUUCAAUGACUGUGCUUCUUUCAUGCUCGAGAAGAUUGCGGGUGGCUCCGGCGCCGCUGUUCUUGCUACCCACAACUUUGAAUCAGGGAACAAGGCGGCGGCUAAGGCACAGGAUUUAGGGAUCGAGAAGGGAACGCAGAAGCUGCAGUUUGCUCAGCUCUAUGGCAUGGCGGAUGCGCUUUCUUUUGGGCUGAGAAACGCCGGGUUUCAGGUCAGCAAGUACAUGCCGUUUGGGCCAGUGGAGCUUGUCAUCCCUUACCUUCUGAGAAGAGCUGAAGAAAACAGAGGACUCUUGGCCACUUCGACCCUUGACAGGCAGCUCUUAAGGAAAGAGGUAAAGAGGAGACUAAAAGCAGCAAUGAUCUGAAGUGAAUAUCUUCACGGCCGAGGCACAGCUACUUUGGAAGCAACUUAGAAUGGGCAGGGCCCUUGUGUAGAUAAAUAAGAAGAAGAAUAGGCUUUUGUGUUUGUCACUUUCGAUAGAUGUGCAUUCCAGAAGAUUCUUUGGAGCCCUGUUCUAUUUUUUUUGUUUAAAUACCCAAUCAUCCUUAGCUUAAUUAAUAUCUCCAAGCAUAAUUGAUCACU